CGGAUUCGUUUGGACACAUUGAAAAUCAACCUCUCAAAAACACACUAUAUUUUUCAAUGARAUUUCCGAAACCUUUUCUGAAACAUGACAGUUUUUCUUAAUGAAAUUCUAGUUCAUGUUUUUGACUACUUGGACGCUUUUUCGCUAACUAAAGUUUCUAYAGUUUGUAAGCAAUGGGAAAGUGUUUCAAAAACUCCUCGACUUUGGCGACGACUWGUUUUACAAAAAUGGUCUUCGCAGAAUUUCCUGUACCUGAACGUUCCUCUGACGUGYACARAUUGGCUAAAAGUCUACCAGGAUUUAUAYUUYAGAGGGAAAUUUUCUCCYGACGAUCAGAGAUAUUUUGUUUGUUGCCGAGUUGGYGAAGAUGAACUCGAAGCAGAUGAACUUCGCUCGGCUAUGWUGGCGCAGAUGACAAAGGUUACCAAAAAAUGGACUAUAGCUGAACCCUUUGAAGCAGAAGAUAACCGRAACUUUCCAGUCUUUAACUGCAACUUCGAYUUUUACUACGACACGCAUGAUUUUAUGUGGAAGUUUAUUGAUAAACGWCAAGAAUACAUUGAAGAUUUGAUGGGCUAUAAACUUUCAUCSAAGUUACAAAGAAAGUCUCGAUUCAUUCGACCGUAUCAGGUGAUGCCGAGCUGCCUAUUGUUGUAUCGAUGGCUGUCUUURUUUAGGUCGGUGGGUAGCGAYGAGCAUGGCUUGACAUUCUACAGAAUWUGGCGGUACCAUUUAAAGCAUAWAGAMACCGGUCUUCUUUUUGAAGUUUGYGAUUGGAAAGCAGCCAUGUCUUGUAGCUUYCUAAAAGGCAAGCCAUCURCUGGGAUAUAUAUGGAUGAUUGCCUYGACCUMAUGAAUGUACUCUCCCACCCCCACUUCAUCAUGCAUCCUCUGGGCCUCCCCCGUGGGGUGUUUCGAUAUGCCUCCCUACUAUCCCAACCACCUGGAAUWAGUCGGCAGACAUCRGUGUCAUCAUUGAUGUCAAACACCCCAAGAUCACUUGCUGGAUCGACUAACACCUUAGACAGUCGMCUGUCUGACAGUAAAGUUUGGUURUGGUCACUAAGUGGGACGGACAGUGAUGAUGAAUCUCUGAUAAAUGACGACAGUGGUUACUAUAGCAACUGUGAAUACUUCAUCAGCGUCAGUCACUGGGAUAUCGAAGAGCAGCACACCAUUCAAACAAGUGUWGCRGAGUCCUGGACAUUUGGCCAGUCAACCGAUAAACCRCAGUUGUACCUGUCAUUCGAUGCAGUGGAAGAAAAUUGGUAUUUUUAUUCWUAUGGAUCUGRUGAGACRGGAAAUGACCCUGCAACCUUGAMAGAAAACUUGUCAAAACACAUCAUAGACAACUCUGCAUUUCAUGGCUUGAACACAGAGCCAAUCCCAAGCUGCCUUGCUUUGUAUAGACUUAUUUGUUUGUUUGAUUUYGUGAACCACCAUUAUCGGUGCCUUGAGGAGUCGUCGCUUUGGUCCAUUACGCUCAUCCAUAAUGCAACAGGAGGAUUUCUAUGCCUGAAAGAUAAAAAUGGUUGGUUUGAAAUAUCAGCCUGUUUGACAGAUGAACUCAUGAAUGAYCUGAAACAAACCCAACGUACGACCACCAAUCCACAACAAACACACGACCACUCAGAUCACAACCAAUUUGAAGCAAUUGAAAUGGAUCCUACAGAUUGGAAUAACGAAUAUGAUGGCGAUGAUGACGAUGAUAGCUAUGAUGAUGAUGAACAUGAUUUAGAAACACUUGGUUCCAGUCCAGAAGACCACAAYAUGGAUGACCUUUUGCAUAGUGACCACAACAUGGUUGAAGUUCCUCAUAUAGAACUCCCCCCUGACAGUAUAAGCAAUGCUAUAGACUGGUACCACAAUGAACAAGACAGCAUUGAAGGUCAGGGGGAGGCAUUUGAGCCACUACCAAUCAUGGAAAACAGUGAAUUUGACAGUGGUAGUAAACUAGAUAGUUUUAAGUCUGAUGUGGUCACACUUUUAAAUUUACUUCUAAGUGAAAAAUUUGGUCAUCCUUAUGGAACUAUAGCAGGUUGUGUGGCUUAAAUAAAUCAUUCUCUGGGGUUCCUGUGGYAAAACAAAAGGGUGAAGACUGGGCCAGAGGCCUAUUUUGUCUUCACAAUAACAAAGGAAACCCACCAAAAAUAGGCUAAUAUAGAGGUGUGYAACUCAAAAUUUAAAUUAUAGAUAAUAUAUCAUAAGUUAUUCUCUGUUAAAAACCAUAUUUUGUUAAAACAUUGUUAAAAUAUGCUAGUGGGGCUCUUGAAAUAAAAAUGGUUUAAGGUUUA